UCUACUUCUUUUUCUCCUUCGUUAAUUCCUUCCUUUUCUUGUCUGGUCGGAGAUUUUUUUCUGUAAAUAAUAUUUUUCUGCUCUAUUAGUUUUGGGCAUGCCAACUAUUAAAAAUUUUGCAUAGCGUGCAAUCAUAUUCAUUUAUUUAUUUUAAUACGCAAUAUUUAUUUUGUUAACACAUACACUUUUGUAAACCCACACCUCUCCUCAAAUAUGAGCUCAGAAAAGGUAUUCAAGACGGUGAUGGUCGGCGGAGCGGGUAGUGGCAAAACGUCUUUGCGGAACUACUUUUUGCACAACAGCUACUCGUGGAGACACAACCCCACGGCCAACCCGGACUUUAUUUCGACAUAUGUGACCCUUGAUAAAGGCGAAAUGAUAGCCAUGCAGAUUUGGGACACAUCAGGCAGCACAGAAAGCCUCCCCGCCACCAAUUCGCUGUUGGAAGACGCCGACGGCGUAUUUCUGGUGUUUAGCAGUAACAAAGAGGCCUCGCUACAGGCGCUUGAAAAGCAUCUUUUGGCACUCAAAGCUAUCAAUAAGACACGACCAAAGGGCAGUAGCCCCAUGCCCGUGGUGCUUGUACAGACAAAGACAGAUUUGCUCAAACCGCCGGUGCAGGACGAAGAAUGUUUGGCCAAGCAGGCAAAGGACAUGUGUCGGUCGAUACUCGGCAGCAACAUGGAUAUUACCUUGGUUGAGACAAGCGCACGAACGGGGAAGGAUGUCACUUUGGCGUUUCGCACAUUAGCUAAUAUUUGCCACGCGCGGUGGAGCAAGAUGAAUGUGCCGGUGGAUGCCUUUCUUUUGGACCUUAAACGGAGGAGGGCAAAGGAGCGUAUGUCGAGGCACGGCGACCCCAUUGACAUGCAUUAUCAGUUUGAUUUGGAGGACAGCUCGACAUUUUCGAUGAAGCAAGGAUACAGCAUACGGGAACCUGGGUUCCAAAACAGGUUCCGUAAAUUUAUACGCCGCCUCACGUGCAUGCCUUGAAUUUUACAAUACCAUUUUUAUAGCUAUUUUCUAAAUGGUUUUUUACGCCCAAUACACAAAAUGCUUUGCUGGUCAAUUGUGCACGAAUGCGCAUGAAGUCUGCGUGUUAGCCGCCAACUGCUACCAUACUCCAUUGAUGCUGGUUGUGGGGAUUCAUUUAAACAUUCCUGGGUGAAAGUGCGCGCUUAGCGAGAGUUGUCGGUAUCAACCUCGCUCUGCUCAUUUUCUCCCAGUUGUCUUUAUCUUGUGAGCCAUGUCUGACCAAUUCAUGGUUUUAGGGCCAGUCGAGCGCAUUCAAGCGUGAGUGUUUGUGUUGGCAUUUAUAAAACAUGCGCCGAUGCUGGACUGUUACACAGCAACUAAAUAACA